AUGGAAAACAGUCGGAAAAGAAAAGCAGUCAACUUUAUUUUCGUUUGUUUGAAUGAAAGCAGUGAUUCUGAUGAUGAAGAUGAUGAUUUAACAGACGUUUUGGUGGCAAUGUCAGAACUGAAUCCUCAGAGAAGAAAACCUCAGAACAGGCACAGGCAAAGAAAUUAUGUGGAAAAUGUUGUAGCCAAUUUCCGCAUUGAUGAAUUCAAAACUUUUUUUCGCAUUGGAAGAGUCAGCAUGCAGUGCUUACAAGAAAAAAUAUGCGAGACUUGCUUGGAGGAAAAUAUAUCUGGAAUUUUAUGUAGAGAAGCAUCAGGAGGAACUGUCCAGAAACCUCUUCCAGACCGAAUCCUGAUGUUUCUUUGGUUUAUGUCAAGCCAAGAUAAAUAUGCCUCAAUUGCAGACAGAUUUGGAAUGAGCGAGUCAACAUCUUCCUAUGCAAUACGCAACCUAAUAGCAUUUAUUCACGAUCAUUUGUUAUCAAAAGUAGUUGCAUGGCCAACAGUUGCAGAACAACAAGAAAUCCAAGACAUGUAUUGGGACCUAAAACGCUUUCCAGGAAUUGUCGGGAUGAUUGAUGGUACCCAUAUCUCAAUAACUAAACCAGCAGAAAGAGGUAUCGACUAUUACAACAGGAAAGACUACUACUCAGUUGUAUUGCAAGCAGUGGUCCGGGAAGACCUUCGUUUCAUUGAUGUGUUUGCAGGAUUUCCCGGUAAAGUUCAUGACGCAAGAAUUUUCCACAAUUCUCCUUUGUUUAUACAUGGACAAGCUCUAUGUCGUGAGGGUCAUUUAUUGGGAGAUUCGGCGUACCCAAACCUAACUUGGCUGUUAACCCCGUUUCGGGACAAUGGUCAUCUCACUGAGGCUCAGAAUCACUUCAAUUAUGUUCACAGCAGCAUUAGAAGUAAUGUUGAAAGAGCCUUCGGAAUACUGAAAGGUCGAUUUAAACGUCUGAAACACAUUGACCAAAAAAAUGUCUCGGACAUUGUACGAACAAUACUUACUGCAUGUGUUUUGCAUAACAUCUGCAUUUUAAAUCACGAUGAGUUCGAAGAACUUGUUAAUGAGGACAAUAAUGUUCCCCAGCUGCUACCUUUCUUUGAAAAUUAUGAUCAAAAUGCAUUGAAUGAUGGAGCAAUCAAAAGACUUAAUAUUGCAAGGCAAUUAUGA